UUCGUCACCGACGGAAUGCUAUUGGCGUCCUCGUUCCUGGCUCUAGCUCUGUCCACGUUGUACUUCAACCACAGAUGCAAUACAGAGAGCCUUCCAUCGUUAUCAUCUAUAAAUAAUGGUUUGAUUGGCAAAUUAAGAAGUAGACGGCUGUACCAGAAUAAAGAAUACGAAGAAGAGAACAUAUUCUGUUUCACUUCCGGCUGUAUAAAAGCUGCGGCUUCCGUAAUCAACAAUAUGGAUCUAUCAGUGGACCCUUGUGAUGAUUUCUAUCAGUUCGCAUGUGGUAAUUUUAUAAAAUACACUAUUAUCGAUGACGAUAAACCGUCGCAUACGACAUUCAGCAUUGCAAGCGAUACACUUUUGAACAAGCUGCGAAUGAUCGUCACUGAACCCAUUCAAUCGAAUGAACAGAAACCUAUCAAAAUGGCGAAAUUACUGUUUAAAUCGUGUAUGGACAAAGAAAAAAUCGAAAAGGAUGGCUUGGCACCGAUGAAGAAAUUAUUGAAAAGCCUCGGUGGAUGGCCGGUGCUGGAAGCCGAUAAAUGGGACGGCGCGGAGUUCACGUGGAAGGACAGCGUGUACAAGAUUAAAGUAGUAACAGGCCACAGCGUUGACUACUUCAUCCGAUUCUCCAUUAUCACCGAUUUAAAAAAUUCUACGCUGAGAGCAAUUGAACUGGAUCAAGCGUCUUUAGGACUUAUGGGUACUGACGACAAAACCGUGUUUGGGUACCUUAAGUACAUGGUGGACAUCGCGGUGCUGUUCGGCGCUGAUCGGCGAAGAGCUAUCAAGGAGCUGAAAGAGUCGUUAAACUUUGAGAUAAAAUUGGCGAAAAUAUUGCUACUAGCAGAAGAGCGCCGGGACAUCGCCCAGCUGUACAAUCCGAUGAAAAUCGCUGAUCUACAAAAAAAUUUCCCGAGCAUACCGUGGAAAGAGUACCUGGACAAAUUGUUGGACCCGUUGACUAUUCGGCACGACGACGUUAUAAUUGUAAGCUCACCGAAGUAUUUAUCGGAUCUCGAAGUCCUACUCUGCAGUACGCCCAAAAGGGUCCAAGCAAAUUAUGUGAUUUGGAGAUUUACCGCCGAGUCUGUCAGUUAUCUGACUGAAGAUUUGAGAAAAAGACAGUUGGAGUUCAUCACCGAGCUAACCGGUAAGACUGAGAGAGAACCCAGAUGGAAGGAAUGCGUUGGUAUUAGUUCUGAAAGAUUUUCAUUGGCCAUUGGGUCGUUGUACGUCAGACGGUUUUUCGACGAAAACAUUAAAAAGAACGCUUUAGAAAUGGUGAACGGCAUUAGGGAGGAAAUGUACAAAAUAUUAUCAUCGAAUGAUUGGAUGGAUGACGAAACACGGAAAAAUGCGUUAGACAAAGCAAAUUCGAUGACCAGUCACAUUGCAUACCCAGAUGAAUUAUUGGACGACUGCAAAUUGAAUGCAUUUUAUAAAAAUCUUGAAAUCAACGAAAAAGACUUUUAUACGUCAAUAUUAAAUUUGACUAGAUUUGCCACUGACUACAACUUUUCGAGAUUGAGACAACCUGUUAAUAAAUCGGAUUGGGUUACUCACAGUAAAACGGCGAUCAUAAAUGCGUUUUAUAGUUAUGACGAAAACAGUAUUCAGUUGCCCGCUGGUAUAUUACAAGGCGCGUUCUUCUCCAGCGAUCGUCCUCGGUACAUGAAUUACGGUGCCAUUGGGUUUGUAAUUGGUCACGAAAUCACCCACGGUUUUGAUGACCAAGGCAGAAAGUACGACAAGCAGGGUAACCUACGGGACUGGUGGGCGGAGGAGACGAAAAAACGCUUCUUGGAGAAGGUCACGUGCAUCAUCAGACAGUAUGGAAAUUACACGUCUCAAGAAGUCGGUCUUAAGUUAAACGGCGUCAACACGCAGGGCGAGAACAUCGCGGACAACGGUGGCCUGAAGCAGGCGUACAACGCGUACAAAGUGUGGAGCAAACGACACGGCGUCGAACCGCGGCUGCCCGGGCUCCGAGAUUAUACGCCCGAACAGAUGUUCUGGGUGAGCGCCGCCAACGUGUGGUGUUCCAAAUAUCGGCCGGAAGCACUCAAGACCGAAAUCACCUCCAACUCCCACUCGCCCGACCGUUUCCGGGUCAUUGGCCCGUUCUCCAACCUGGAAGACUUCAGCAACGACUUCCGAUGUCCGCUGGGUUCCAACAUGAACCCGGUCAAGAAAUGUCAGGUGUGGUGA